AAAUUUUUCAAUUCACAUAACAUAAAUUGAAAUAUGCCUUUAGUUGUUAAUAAAUUACGAUUUUAUCAUUCUAAACUAAACGCUACUAAAUGUAUUGGUGAUCAAACCACAAAGAUCUCUACAGUUUUACAAUACACUUUUACAUUUCACUUAUGAGAAGCACCAAUGUCAUUGUGAACUAAAUUAAAACAUUAUUUUAAGCCUCUAAACUAUUUCAUCUCGUUUAUUAGUCAGUAAUAACACUAAAUUCCUUCCCAUUUUUUUCGUUUAUUUCUUUAAAUUUAGAAUUUAACAAUAUACUCGUUUUAUGCCAAAAUAGAUUUUGUAUUAAAAUGUUUAUUUAAGUCUAUGCUCAAAAACCGGUUUUUUACCGUUUUUCUGAAGCAACGAAAUAUUUUUGAGGUUUUAGAACUACAUCUGCGUGUACCUGCGUACUCCAAUAUUAGGAAUUCUAACAUAAAACUUAAUUUUUUCUUGACAAUUUCGAUUGUACAAUUGGAUGCAACUCCAAUCCAAUCUCAUUGUAUUGUUUUCAUAGAGAUAAUCAGAUUACGUUUAAAAACAAAACGCUACUAUUAUUUGCAUAACUUAACAUCAUCUAUCUAAUCAGGAAAUAAAAAAUAUCUCAUUUUUUUUAUCAGAUCAGCAAAGGUCAUUUAACCGGAGAUUAGAAGGGCACAAUCUCGCGAUCUUUCCGGAAAUGCAACGAACGACUUUUCCGGUUUCCCAGCGUCGUUACAAGUAGAAAUCGCGUCAUCAGCGCGGCGGUGAUGCAACGCCGCAUUCGUUAUCGCAGCCAUCUUGACAAGGAGCUCAUAUCUGCCUGCCCCACCCAAUAGCAUAAAAAUUCAGCUACAUUCAAUACGGAUCAACUUCUAAUUAUCCCAAACCAUCAAUGCUCGUCACAACACCGCAGCAUCUACAUCGAAAUCAUGGAUGAGCAGGAGACUUUACCUCAGGAAGAACAGCAGCAGCAGACGGCAGCUACCAUCUCGCCUUUGGAAGGAGGAGAGGUCGAGGCGGAGGCGAAGGUUGAGGAGCAGCCGACGGUACCUGAAGAGAUUAAGCAGGAGGAGGCAACGCCCAAGCAGCAGUCGACGGUCAUCAUGAGGCCGCAGGUGAUUACCACUGCUGGGACACUGAUCGGAAGAAACGAGGAGCCGAGGGUAUCGCAGGAGGAUGCGGUUGAAACCUCUUCGCCCAACAACAACAUCGAACAGGUCGAGUACGAAGAACAACCUCAGCAACAACAACAGCAGCAGCAGUUCGUCGAAGGCGCCAUCCUCGCCGCGGAUGCUACCUACACCCAGGUGAACGGCGCCGAAUACCCAGAGCAGCAGUACACAGUGGAGAUCACAAGUGGACAGAUGCAGCAUUCUUUACACAUCGAAGCACCUCAGCAGUACGAGCAGGACGAUAUUAAGCAAGUGCAGUACACACAGUUGGAGAGCGUUGCCUCGAACAGUCAGUUCCAACCGCAGGAAUACCAGGAACCCCAAGAGAUUUACAUGUACGACAACUUUACCGUCAAAGCAGCUAGACCCGAUGACAACGUCCUCUACUCCGACAACAGAUUCUUUGGGAAUUGUGAUAUCCAGCAGAACAACACGAUGACCUUGAUGGGCGAGAACGGAAGUAACAGCACGCUCCUGACUUUUCCCAACUACAGCCAACCUUCGACCUCCAAUUUCAACCAAUAUCCAUCGUCGAACACGAUGGACUAUUCCAGUUACGGAUACGCGCAGAUCAUCAGUGAAAGCUACGACCCGAACAUGAUAAGGGAGGAAAUGAAGCAGUGCGUGAAUUGCGGCAAAGGGGUGACGACCAAUUGCGUCAAGGACAACAAUGGGAACAUCCUGUGCACGUCCUGCAUCACGAUGCGUCCGAAUCCGAUGAGGGUGGCGCCGGUGCGGACGCAGAAGAAGCCAACGAUGGUCAACACUCGAAGGAAUAACGUGCAGUGCGCUAACUGCGACACCCAUCAAACGACCCUAUGGAGGAGGAACAACAAUGGAGAACCAGUGUGCAAUGCCUGCGGAUUGUACUUCAAAUUGCACGGUGUAAAUCGUCCACCGACGAUGAAGAAAGAGGGAAUCCAGACGCGCAAGAGGAAGCCAAAGAACUCACAGCAGUCGCAUCAUAUGGGCUCGAUGAAUGGGUCCAUGGGUCACGGAAGAAUGCUGAUCCAGACGUAUCAACCGCCGGAGAUGUCAGGAUCGAUGGGUGAUCAUUAUCAACCGCAGAUCGUCCUCACCAACAACGUUCCAACGCAUCAGAACGUCAGGCUGCCGGCCCUUAUCAGAGGGAUGCCGCAAAUGGAAAAUAACGUUCGGGUUAACAACGAAGAACAGGCAACGGUCAUCACCUCAACGUCUUUAGCGAACAGACCGAACUUUGUCCAUCAUCAAUCCGACCAGGAAUCCAACGGACACGACUCCAAUGCUUAACCGUUAGCAUUGGAUGAUCAAAGCUGCAUCCAAAAAGAGAAAGAAAGAUAAAAAGAACGACACUGCAUUCCAACAAAAAACUGCUUCCUUUAUGUAAUAUUAACUCGAAAUUUCAUUCGAUACCAACAAACUAAAUUGGUAACGAAUCCACUUAUUUUCUUUGAGAUUAACGACGUCCACAUUUUCCACGCUUAAUAUUUUCAAUUGUAAAUCAAAUGUAAACGCACGAGAAAACUCAAUUUGGUACAAAGCAAUAUUUCUUUAAAUAUACUAAAACAAAAUCAUUAAACCAAUUCAUUAAGAAAUAAUUAACAGUAUUUCCAACUUCAGGUUAAUUAUAGACAAACUAUUAUAUUAAGUACACUUAAUUAAAUCAGCUAUAAAUUUCAAAUUUUACAAAAAAAA